AUGCCACGUGCGGGUCGCCGUGAUGCCAAAAAGCUCCGGGAAACCAGUACUACCGAUACCCUAAGCACAGAAAUCCGGUCCUGUCUUACGAAACCAUCAGAGCUUCUACCGUCUCCUGCCUACGCAGUGUCGUGUGACCUUCCUUCCGAAGACGAAGUUGCCGAUGCAAUGCAGAGGCUACGCAACAACAAGGCGUGCAGAGAGGAAGGUAUUCCCGUGAUAAUGUACAAGUCCUGUGUCGACACCCUGGCUCUUUGGCUUAAUGAGGUGAUUGUACAGGUGUAG